CGGCAGCGGGACCGCGGCUGUCCCAGCGCAUCGGCCACCAGCCACCCUCUCCCCCUGGCCCGGGGGUCCCCCGGUGCUGGGGGUGCCGGGGGGACAGGCUGCGCUGCUCCGUCCGCGGCGCCCCCGGCCCGCCCCGCCGGCCGCCUUUGAUGCGGGUGGGAGGAUGCAGCCGUGCGCCGGGGGCUGACACGCGGAGCCGCCGGCCGCGGGGAGCGGGACCCCCGCCGCCCACCCAUGGUCCCGGCUGGCAGCCGGGGCAGCCCCCCGUGAGGAGGGGCACGGGCAGAGCCGGGACCGCGGGCACCGAGCCUCCGCAGCCGCCCCGCCAUGACGAGCCUCUUCCGCCGGAGCAGCAGCAACGGCGGCUCCCGCGGCGGCUCCUCCGCCCAGGAGCUCAACAACAGCCGCCCCACCAGGCAGGUGCGGCGCCUGGAGUUCAACCAGGCCAUGGAGGACUUCAAGACCAUGUUCCCCAACAUGGACUACGACAUCAUCGAGUGUGUCUUGAGAGCCAACAACGGCGCCGUGGACGCCACCAUCGACCAGCUUCUGCAGAUGAACCUGGAUGGCAGCGGCUGUGACGACAGCUCGGACUCGGAGGACAGCAUCCCCCCCGAGAUCUUGGAGCGGACCCUGGAGCCGGACAGCUCGGACGAGGAGCCCCCUCCUGUGUACUCCCCUCCUGCCUACGAGAGCCAGGCCUUGGGCAGCCGCUACCCCCGCGCCCCGCCCACGCCCCCGCCCAGGACGGACGUGCCCGGCCCCGGCAGCACCGUGCACUACAGGAACUGGAACCCGCCGCUCCUGGGCAACCUCCCCGAGGACUUCCUGCGCAUCCUGCCCCAGCAGACGGCCGGCACACAGGGCUCCCACGGCUGCCGGCAGCCCGUGCCACGGGGGCUGGUCCCGCGGGGCCAGGGCUCCCUGGAGCAGGAGCGGCGCUGGAAGCAGUACCUGGAGGACGAGCGCAUCGCGCUCUUCCUGCAGAACGAAGAGUUCAUGAAGGAGCUCCAGAGGAACCGGGAUUUCCUUCUCGCCCUGGAGAGAGAUCGAUUGAAAUAUGAGUCAAAAAAAUCCAAGUCGACCGGUGUUGCUGUCAGCAACGACUUUGGUUUCUCCUCUGUAUUAUCAGGUGAGGGAGCUCCCUCUGGAGCCAGCGAGGCCGUGUCCGACGAUGCCUUAUUCCGAGACAAGCUCAAACACAUGGGGAAGUCCACGCGCAAGAAGCUGUUCGAACUCGCCAGAGCCUUCUCCGAGAAGACGAAGAUGAGGAAAUCAAAAAGGAAACACUUGUUGAAGCACCAGGUGAUGGGGACAGCAGCUUCCACAGCAAAUCUCCUCGAUGACGUGGAAGGACAUGCAUAUGAUGAAGAUUUCCAAGCACGGCGGCAGCAGCAGCUCCGGGAGGAGGAGGAGACACCAAAGGAAGGGCAGUAAACGGUCCCAGCUCUGGGGUUUCUUGCUGGCACAGGACGUGCACGAGGCUUCAUCAGGAGAUGGCUGAAAAAGGAAAAACCCACUCAACAAAUCACCCAGAUUUUGGCUGUUCCCCCUCUGCUGCUGUACUCCUCCGAAGUACAAGUAUCAAAGUGAGGCACAAUGUUUUCUUACCCAUGGUUUGAAAACAACUUUUCCUAUGGAGCAAAUCAGCCAAAAAGGAAAAAAAAAAAAAGGAAAAAAAAAAAAAAGCAGGCAGCUGCUGCGAGCGGCUGCGGAGGAGCCAGCGAGCUCAGGCUGGGGGGGAGCCAGGAGGAAUGAAAUCAGUGGUACUAACGAGGAUCCCUUCCCACGUGGGGUCUGCUUGGCCGGAGCACUCCUGAACAUAUCUGUAGUGGUCUGAUGUCACUUCACUCUGCGCACACCGGAACAAAAACCACGUGAGAAAGGGAAGCUAACAGCCGUUGUCUAUUAUUGCUAGGAGUAAUGAGCAGAGAUUCAGAUCAGGUAAUAGUCAAAUAAUAUAAAUUGUUUAUAAAGGAAAGGCCUUCUUUUCCUAGGCGUUUCACUUUGAAUUAAACCUUUGCCUUCGGCAUUGCUACAA